AUGGAGAGAGAGCCACGUCUUGAUGAACAACAACUAGAAUCAUCUUCUUCCCAAGACUCUUCUCUGCCUACAUCCCUCGUCAGAAAUUUGUAUAUUGGCUAUUUUUUAGCAAGAUGGGAUGCCAGAAUGUGGGAAUUCUCUGUUGGUUUAUACAUGAUCGCUCUUUGGCCAGAUUCUUUAAUCCUUCCAGCUAUUUAUGGUGCUAUUGAAUCUGCUUCUACUGCAUUAUUUGGUCCCAUCAUUGGACGAUGGGUGGAUAAGCUGACAUAUUUUAAGUUUCUCAGUGGACUUUUAUUGGCAGGUUCUCCAAAUUUGGUUGGUGACCCAGAAUCUUUCCUUCAUAAUAGCCGGAUCGACAGUCGUCACAUUACUGUUCUUUCCAACCUUGAAGUCAUCAAAUUUCACCCUAUUCAUUUUGCUUCUGAUAUUAACCAACUUCUCUGGAGCUGUGGGGGUGCUUUCCACUCUUGCUGGGUGGUGGUGAUAUCAGAGGGCCAUACACCUGAUGUGCAAACAAAAAUCAACUCAAUUAUGAGACGAAUUGAUUUAACCUGCAAGCUUCUUGCUCCUGUAAUUAGUGGCUUAAUAAUGAGCUUUGUAUCAGUUAAAGCCUCUGCUAUGACGUUAGCAAUCUGGAAUACUGUAGCAGUGUGGCUGGAAUAUUGGCUUUUCACAUCUGUAUAUACUGGCAUUCCAGCAUUAGUUGAAAGUGGCCAAAGGAGGAGUUCACGACUUUCAUCGAGUGAGACGAUAGAGAUGACAUCUACUUCUGCAGAAAGAGUGGGCUUGGCUUCACAAAUCGAAGAAAAUUCAGUUUCACUCGAAACAGGAUCAUACAUACUGAUGGCUGGAGUAGCAACAUCUCGGCUUGGCCUAUGGAUGUUUGACUUAUCUGUAAUCCAACAAAUGCAGGUCAGAGAAGCCAUUGAUCAAGUUCCUGAAUCUGAUCGAGGUGUUGUGGGUGGUGUUCAAAACUCUCUCCAAUCUACUAUGGAAUUUUUGGGUUAUAUUAUGGGCAUAGUCAUCUCCAACCCUAAGGAGAUUAGUCCCUACAGAGUUCAAUUCUCACUCUCCACCAGUGACCUCUCAAAUGCUCUGGCUCAGGGAACUGGGUCCUCUUUUGUUGCCAGGAACAGCAGAGCAAUAUUGAUACUGCUUAUCCAACUUCAAUGGGAGAGGUAUCAGGUGAUUGACCGCAAGUGGCAGGGCACUGGCAUGAUUCCUCUUGCUACUGGCCCGGAUCUUAUUCGACGCAGAGAUUUGGUUGUAGAUGUGAUAAGAGAAAAAGGAUAUUUGGUUAAUAUCUCCGGUUGGAAAUAA